AGUAGGCUUCAGCUUUCCUCAGCCUUCUUGGCCUUUGGUGAGCUUGGGAGUGUUGACAGAGUUCUGAGCCUUCUUGGCAGAGCAGGAAGGUCAGAAAGAGAGUAGUCCAUGGGCAGGGGGCCAGGCCCCUGCUUGCCUCGUUAGGGAGAAUUCAGUGUUGUCUGUCUGGUUGGCAGGGCACACCUAAUCACAGAGACCCAGCAUUUCAGCAGUUUGCAAAUGAAAGUGAUAUGAAGGGACAGCUGCAAAUCAGCCACAACCUAGAUCUGAGGAGAUCAAGCAUUUACUUCACUUGGAAGAAAGAGAGAAGGAAGGAAGCUGAGGGCUUAGCAGGUCCCCAGGUAUUAUUGGACAAGCCAUGGCUCCACGGUCCCGACGACGAAGGCACAAGAAAUCCCCCUCAUCAGUGGCUCCUGUGGUUGAGACCCCACCUACAGUUGUGGCUCCUGUGCCUCUGAACCUCGCUAAACCUGGCCCUAGCAUUGAUACACUUGGCUUCUUCUUCUUGGAGAAUAAUAUUCCUGGCCUAUCCCAGCUGAUCCUUCAAAAACUGAACAUGAAAAGCUAUGAAGAAUACAAGUUGGUGCUAGACGGGGGUACUCCAGUGUCAGGCUUUGGAUAUCGAUGCCUUGAAGAAAUGUUCCAGAAGAUGGAAGACACAUUCCGAUUCUGUGCUUACUGUAAAGCACUCCCUAGUGGCCUUUCAGACUCCAAGGUCCUCCGGCACUGCAAAAGGUGCAGAAAUGUCUAUUACUGUGAUCCAGAGUGCCAGAGGUCAGACUGGCCAACACACAGGAAGGUUUGUCAAGAACUGCGUCUUGUAGCUGUGGACCGUCUCAUGGAGUGGCUUCUGGUCACAGGUGAUUUUGUCCUACCCUCAGGACCUUGGUCAUGGCUGACUGAAGUUGUACAGGGUUGGGACACCUGGUUUUCUAUGCGACGUUUACAGCUAGAUGAUACACUGGAUGCUGUGCUUGAAAGUCAGGCCAUGACCACCCUGUGGGCUAGUGUAAGACGGCCAAGACCAGACCCAGAUGUCCUGAAGGGCUCUUUGAAGCGGUUGCUGACAGAUGUCUUGUCACGGCCCUUGACACUGGGCUUUGGGCUUCGGGCCUUGGGAAUAAAUGUUGGGAAAGUUGGGGGAAGCACAGUGCACGUGGUUGGUGCUUCUCAUGCAGAGACAUUCCUCACUCGCCCUGGGGACUAUGAUGAGCUUGGCUACAUGUUUCCUGGACACCUUGGCUUCCAUAUAAUCAUGGUGGGUGUAGAUGUGGCUGCUGGCUUUUCACAGAGCACCUCAGCUUCACUCCUGGAACCUGGCACAGUGCAGCUUAGUGGCCAUAGGGGCCUCUAUCAUGACUUCUGGGAGGAGCAGAUAGAGACUGGGCAGAUAGCCCAUCCAGAUUUGGUGGUGGCAUUCCAUCCAGGUUUCCAUGCUUCCCCGGACUUGAUGGAGGCUUGGCUGCCCACCCUCUUGCUACUUCGUGAUUAUGAGAUCCCUACAAUGAUUACUGUUUACAGCCAUCAGGAGUUGGCAGCCUCGUUGCAGAUUUUGGUGGACCUGGAUACACACAUCACAGCCUAUGGAGCUAACCCUUUUGCGUCCCUAAAACCUGAACAGGUCUACUCCAACCCCAACAAGCAGCCAGUUUACUGCAGUGCCUACUAUAUCAUGUUUCUUGGAAGCUCCUGCCAGCUGGAUAGAGGCAAUUGGAAGAGAAAGUAAAUGGCAGGGUAUAAAUAGCUGAGCCAGAUCAUGACUGGAUGUCUAGAAAAUGGAGAGGCUGUGAUGAAAUACCUGCUGAUGCCAGAUUAUUGCCAACUUUCAAAUCUACUAUAUCGUAAACCUAAUUCACUUGUCUGGGUAGAGUCUAAGCUGAAUGGGAGCUCCUGUAUGAUGUGACUCAUUUCUAAGAGGUUAGCCACAUGUUGCUUCUAGAGACAAGAUUCUAGAUUUAGUGUAUGGCAAAAGGCCCUCAUAUUCAACUUAAGUUCUUAACAGUUUCCUUCGUGAGAAAGUUAUACCUUUUGACUUGAACCACAUGGCACCAAGGAGAAGAAUGGCACCUUGCUCUUUUGAAAAAGACUUUCUUCUUAUACAGCAGUUUGGGCUAAAAAAAUGCAGAUGUCUUAAUGACUUGAAGUGGUGGAAGAAAGAACAAUUCAGAGAAGUGGUUGGGAGCAUGGGGGAGGUUGUGAGGAUUGGCAAACUGUUCUACUUCCUGGCUUUUUCAAGAUAUAUUUCUCAUUUCCCUGUUUCUUUUGAGGACUUCUAACUUCAGAAUCCCAGGGACAGAGGAGACUAGUGGGCUACCAUCUAUGGGGUCGCACAGUCGGACACAACUGAAGCGACUUAGCAGAAGCAGCAACUUUAGAGCAACUUUUUGCCCUUGUGUUGUAUUUUAGAUAUCCCAGGGUGUAUCUGUAUAUACUGCAGUUUGUUAUCACUUGGUCUAUACCACAAUAAAUUCAGUUUUGGG